GCGAUGUAUCCACGAUUACGACGAUGAUGAAUGCGUCAAUAUACUCAAUAUACUAGGUAACUCGCUUCCUGGAGAAGAGCCACGAGCGAGGGUCUUGAUAAACGAGCAAAUUAUGACCGACCCUCCUCAUCGAUUUGUUGCGGGUUUGGACAUGGUGAUGCUGACUAUGGCUUCGCUACAGCGAUCUGAGCGGCAGUUGGAGAAUCUUGCAAACCGGGCUGGUUUAACUAUGGUCAAAGUACAUAAAGCAGAGGGUGCAACCAGUAAGUACCUAACCUAUUGAGCAUUUAGUAGUGAUCGUUCUCAGUGUUCGCGUAACCCCAUCCAUAUACCU